AACAACAAUGCAAUAUAUUUCAAGUAAAAUACGCUCAAAAUGUGUCAACAUUGAAGAGCUCGAACAGUAAUACCAUAAUCAACACUUGGCGCUUUCAUUCAUCUUCAAAUCAAAAUUACUUUAUAUCAAUAUGGCGGAUAAAUCGGAAAGGUCGCAAGAUGCUAAUAAUCUGUCGAGGUCGCAAGUCAAAGUCAAGGAUGAGCCGAUGGAUUUGGAUUUGCCGGAUGAGGAGGACUUGCCGCCAGCGUUUGGGCCUGCAGCACUCGGCCUUCACAGAGUGGGCACAAAGUUACCGCCAAAACCAGCGCCCAGCGAACCAGUGCAGAAACUCAAUGCAAGAGGAAUGCCCGCGCGCAUCAGAAAGAAAAAUAGAUUUAUCUUUGUUGACGAUUUUGUGAAUACCUCUCCUCCCAGGCAGUCACCAAAGCGAGUUCCAAAGAUAUUGUCUAAAACACCUAUCAAACAAUCAAGUGCUAAGAAACAGAAAUCCCCAUCAAAAGUGCAAAGAAACCAUGACAAAUAUGAUGAUAAAAUAGAGACUGUGAACAGUCAGUCACCAGACCGCAAAUCGGGGCAACGGAUCGGCAUGAGGCUGAGAAACCUCCUUAAACUCCCUAAAGCCCACAAGUGGGUAUGUUUUGAAUACUUUUACAGCAACAUUGACAAAGCUUUGUUUGAUGGUGAGAAUGAUUUCAUGAUCUGUCUCAAAGAAUCAUUUCCCCAGUUGGCCAAUCAUAAGCUCACUCAGGUUCAGUGGGCUAAAAUCAGGAGAAUGAUGGGCAAGCCUCGCAGAUGUUCCCAGGCAUUUUUUGCUGAAGAACGUAAGGAAUUAGAAAGGAAGAGGAAAUUAAUAAGAUAUAUUCAACAGAGGAAAAGUGCUGACAUAUGUAUCAAAGAUUUGCCAAAUGAAAUUCCUAUGCAGUUAGUGGUGGGAACUAAAGUAACAGCACGGCUGCGCAAACCUCAGGAUGGACUUUUUACUGGAUGCAUAGAUGCCGUUGACACCUCUAAUAACACAUAUAGAAUAACGUUUGAGAGACCAAAGUUGGGCACUCAUUCUGUUCCCGACUAUGAAGUUUUGUCCAAUGACCCACCCGACACAAUAUGUCUGUCAAGUAUAACACAGAAGUUUAGACCAAGAUAUGUCAUGCAAGAAAUAAUCAAUUUGUACAAUCCUUCAGUACAAAAUAACAACACGCAAGGAGAUCCUAUGAUUGGAUGCUCAGAUAUAACAAAGCAAUUGGACACUAUUGGGAGCUAUCCAUUCCCACUCCUGGAACUCAUUGUCAAACUGACUAAAGUUUUACAGGCCAAAAAGGGAAAAAUUAACAGACUAAAGGAAUAUAACUGUGAAGCAGAGAAGAGAAAAUCAUUUGGGCAAAAAAUGCCUGAAGAUUUUGAAAGGAAAUAUGCUGCGGUUGUUAUUGAUUUGGAAAGAAUGAACAUGGAUUUGCAAGAAUACAUAAAUGAAGUGCAAACAUAUUGCCACCAGAUUGCUCCAGGGCCGAGCCUAGCCGCAAUGUUGGCGCCCUCACAUUUGCGGGAGAAAUGCAGGGAGGAGGCCACAAUAUUAGUAGAGAAAAACCAUAAUGGAUCAGUCAAGGACGCCACAUUGAUUGACCUUGUAACUGACCUCACUGCGUUGAUGUUGCAAGUCAAAAGUUUAUCUGAUUCCGAUCAAAAUGCUUAUGAAUUGUGCGUGCUGCAGGGAACCAUGGACCAGAUAAAAAUGAAACUGGAACCAAAACAUCAAAGGCAAUUCCAAAACAAUGUAGCAAUACACAUGCAAAGGAUUCAGAUGGGGUUAGGGCAAAUGACAUCUAACAGUUAUGUUAUUGGGUAAUUACAUCCCACCAUUUGCUUAAAAUACAUAUAGUCAUCGACUUCCGGUUCGAGCGCCAUCUUGAUAGUUAGCAUUGUGAUUAAUUACUUUGUUUUUUGCAAUUUAAUAUUGUUUAAAGUGUAAUAUCGAUAGCUUAUUAUACAGUAAACUAAUGUGGUAGUGUGCAGUGAAUGGAGAAUUAAUUUUGAAGCGCGUUUAACCACCAUCUUGGAGUCAACGGCCGGUAGUCCAUGUGCUUCUUGUAAAGUCUAGCUAUCGAUUUAUAAGAGCUAACAAAUCACCGUACACUGUCUUGUACAACCGUACAAUUUUCGUCGUUUUUAAACCUCUUAAUACCUUGAUAAUGGCGAAAUAGUCCCACUGGGCUGAAGCCAUAAUUUUAAAAGAAGAAGAAGAAACAUAUAGUCAUCAGCAAUUUCAAAUACCUACUAUGUAUGUAAAAAAUGGUAACUGAAAACUGAACAAAGUAUUUCUAUAGUUUGUUCUGCUCAUAUUCAUUCAAAAAAUUUAAGGGUCGCCGGCAAGCUCGGUUCUUCAUACAAACGUAGUUACGCUCUCAUUUUAAAACAAGCAGCUCUUUUGCUCUGAAACUUAGUACUUACAAUAGGAUAAGGUAUAUCUAUGUCUGUAAUUAGUUUAUGUAGCUUCAGAUACCAUAGUAAAAAAAAAUACAGCGAAUUUAAGUUUUUCAUACAACACUUGUUUUAGCUAUAUUUCGAUUGUUAUAUAUAUUGGCGCUAUAUAAACUAAUUACAUACCUAGAUAUACCUCAUGUCAUUGUAAGUGCAAAGUUUCAUUAUAAUCCAACACAUAGUUUUAAAAUGAGAACAAAACCGUUUGUAUGAGCUUGCCGGGGACUCCACCGGGGGGGAACUGUCUUGGAAGUUAUGUCAAGCCAUUUAUUUGUCAAAUUUCUAUGAAAAUAUUAUGUUUAUAAUAAUGAUUAAUGACACCUUUUCACUUUGUUCUAUUCCAAUUGUUGCAGUUAGCUUAGGGUGUAUUUCUUGGUCCAAUGUGUAUUUGCGUCUCACAUCUUGCUUAAUAAUGAGAGUGAGACGCAAUGCACAUGGAAUGGAAAGCUACCUUACCUUGUCAUUUAUAAUCCAAAAAAAAACAAUAAUUUUAAACAGUUUUUAUCAAGGAGCCAAAUCUCUAUGUAUGAAAAGUGUCCAUCAAAAAACAGUAAUUAGGCGGCGCCACCAUACACCGACAUGGUUAUUUGUUGCCUUAUAUGGUUCAUGUUAUACUCAUGUCCCAGAGUCUAACUAGCGCCACCGGAGAGAUUAGGAACUAUUAUUUAAAGCUGAAAGCGGUCACUUUUGCAACAAUUCUGCCAUAAGAGAUUGGCAUCCAUUCUAUACCAUCCAUAAGUUUUUAUGUCCACAAACUCAAGAUUUUGACAUGCUAUUUAUGAAAUGAACUUCAAUAGGUACCUAGUUAAUUAAUGUGCAAAAUUUUAUAUUUUAUUGAAUAAGAGUACUCUGUAAAAUUAAUAAAUGUGUCAUUUUCAAGUAAAAGGUACCACAUUGUCGCUUGCUACAAGGACGCUCUGACAGGUUUUUCGUAUAAAGAUAUAAACAAUUUUCGUCCUUAUGGUAAGCGCCAAUGUGGUACCUUUUGCCUGAAAAUGUCACAAAUAUUGUAUGCCAAUGUUGAUCGUUGCCG